AGCUGUUCCGCCCAUGGGGCUGGAGGAAGACUCGUUUCCUGACAUCACUGAAGCCCGCCCCGCCCGGGCCCGUCACUGCCCCGCACAAUCCCGCUCCACCGGCACUUCUGCGGCUGGCGGCGCCGCGAGCUCCUGGGGGAUCUGCACCGGGACCGGGUCCGCGAGGACUGGCUGAGCCGGCAGCGGGGGGCGCUUUGCCAGAGCCCCGCCCGGGAGCCCCUCUCCUGCCCCCGCAGCCGAGCAAUGAGCAGCAGCGCCCCGAGCCCCAGCCGCCCCCCGCCGGCCGCCGCCCCGACGCUGGACGCGCUCCUGGGCGCCUGUUGCGCUCUGGGGAGCGCGGCCGCGGAGAGGAGUCGCUCCCUGGCGCAGAUCGCGGUGCUCUGCGUCCUCUGCCUCACCGUCCUCUUCGGCGUCUUCUUCCUGGGCUGCAACCUGCUGCUCAAGUCGGGGAGCCUGGUCGGCCAGGCGGGGAAGGAGCGGAGCCCCGCCAAGGAGCUGGAAGCGGGGAUGGGCACCUAGGGGAGGGGACCCGGGACCCGCCCGGCCCCUGCUGGAGCCCCGCGCCCGGCGGCCCGUGCUGCGCGUAACGGGACCCCCCCUUUUCUCCUCUCCCUGCUCGGCCGGGCCCCCGGCGCUAGCGAGCCCCGGGAUGUCCGUGUGCGGAGCUCGCUGGGCCGGGGCCCCUCGCUGGGUGACCGUUCAAACGGGCUGGAGCCUGAACCGGGCUCGGGGGAUGCUCCUGCUCCGGGCAGAGCCGGUUUGGCCUGGCCACGGAUAAAGCCAAGCCGGAGCUGGGAACCCCUCGAGAUUUGCUGCCGGAGGCUCCUUCCUCGCCUAAGACGGGGUCCGGGACCGGCGGCCGCGGCCCAGUGAGUGUGAACGGUUCUGCUGGAGCCCCGAGGUGGUUUUUCCUCCCUCCGCUGUUCCGUUCCAAAUCGGUAUUAAACUACAUGGACCCUAA